AUGGAAAACUCCAAGAAAGAAGGUGUUCCUAUGACUAAAGGGACUGUGUUGAACAAAUCGCAAUCUCCUUCAACGGACAUUGAAAUUAAGCGAAUGGAAGUAGUUCCAUAUGCUUCAGCGAUUGGUUCUAUCAUGUAUGCUAUGUUAUGUACUAGACCUGACGUCUCGCAUGCUUUAAGCAUGACUAGUCAUUAUCAGCAAACUCCUGGCAUUGCCCAUUGGACUGCUGUUAAGAACAUUCUGAAGUAUCUGAGAAGAACUAAAGAUAUGUCCUUAGUAUUUGGAGGAGUAGAAGAAGAGCUCACUAUAAGAUGUUACACUGAUGCCAGUUUUCAAACUAACCGAGAUGACUCUCGCUCUCAAUCAGGUUUUGUAUUCAUUGUAAAUGGAGGAGCUAUCUCAUGGAAGAGCUCCAAGCAGAGUGUGGUGGCGGAUUCAACCACCGAAUCUGAAAUAUUGCCGCAUUAG